GAGUGCCACCACACAUGACAUUCAACUACCGCUUCCAACACGAAUCUUUUCUUUGUUUUUUUUUAAACGCGCAGAGAAAGAGAGGCGAUGUCAAAACCACAAGAAGAAGAAAAGGAGGAAGAAGAAGAAGAGUUUCAAAGCUCAGGAAAAAGGCUGAAAUGCACCAAAUCCCUUAAAGAAGAUGAAAUGGAAAGCGAGGUUUCAUUAAUGGAGGAUACAAGAGGAGGGUUGUUUUUCCACCCAACGACACCCGUAUCUUUUGUGGUUUCAGAUGCCUUAGAGCUUGAUUUUCCUAUCAUUUAUGUCAACAAGGUCUUCGAGAUCUUCACUGGCUACCAUGCUCACGAGGUCCUCGGUCGUAACUGUCGGUUCUUACAAUACAGGGAUCCCCGUGCUCAAAGAAGGCAUCCUUUAGUAGACCCUGCUGUUGUUUCUGAAAUCAGAAGAUGUCUCGAGGAAGGGAUGGAAUUCCAAGGUGAACUUCUAAACUUUAGGAAGGAUGGUACUCCACUGGUGAACAGGCUCAGACUUGUACCUAUACACGAUGAUGAUGGAAUUAUCACACAGGUAAUAGGUAUUCAGGUAUUUUCUGAAGCCAAAAUAGAUCUGAACCAUGUAUCAUAUCCAGUCUACAAAGAGACUUGCAAUCAACGGUCUGAUCACUCAGCUAAUUAUUCUCCACGGCAUGGACAAUCACCAUUUACUCAGCAUCAAGAAAUAUGUGGGAUACUUCAGUUGUCUGAUGAAGUAUUGGCUCAUAACAUUCUAUCACGCUUGACACCAAGGGAUGUUGCAUCCAUUGGAUCUGUCUGCAGAAGAAUCCGGCAAUUAACAAAAAAUGAGCAGGUAAGGAAGAUGGUUUGUCAAAAUGCAUGGGGAAGAGAAGUCACAGGUGCAUUGGAGCUGAUGACUAAAAAGUUGGGUUGGGGACGUCUGGCAAGGGAACUGACUACCCUCGAAGCUGUCUGCUGGAGGAAAGUGACAGUUGGAGGUGCGGUUGAGCCUUCACGUUGCAAUUUCAGUGCAUGUGCAGUAGGGAAUAGACUUGUAUUGUUUGGAGGGGAAGGAGUAAACAUGCAGCCGAUGGAUGACACUUUUGUUCUCAAUCUUGAUGCUGCAAAUCCAGUGUGGCAGCGGAUAAGUGUGAAAUCAUCCCCACCAGGGCGCUGGGGUCACACUCUUUCUUGCCUAAAUGGUUCCUGGUUGGUGUUGUUUGGAGGAUGUGGAAGGCAAGGGUUGCUCAAUGAUGUCUUUGUUAUGGACUUGGAUGCCAAACAGCCGACAUGGAAGGAAGUUUCUGGUGGAACUCCCCCUCUUCCUAGAUCGUGGCAUAGCUCUUGCACCAUAGAAGGUUCUAAGUUGGUUGUCUCAGGUGGAUGUACAGAUGCUGGGGUACUUCUCAGUGACACCUACUUGUUGGAUCUCACUAUAGACAAGCCUAUAUGGAGGGAGAUCCCAGCUACUUGGGCUCCUCCAUCUCGAUUAGGGCAUUCACUCUCAGUUUAUGGUCGUACGAAAAUUCUUAUGUUUGGUGGACUUGCCAAGAGUGGGCACUUACGACUGAGAUCAGGUGAGGCCUACACCAUUGACUUGGAGGACGAAGAACCACAUUGGAGGCAAUUGGAGUGUAGUGCAUUAACUGGUAUAGGGAGCCAGAGUUCUGUUGUCCCCCCUCCCAGACUUGAUCAUGUUGCUGUUAGCAUGCCCUGUGGAAGGAAUAUAAUCUUUGGUGGUUCUAUUGCUGGGUUGCACUCUCCUUCCCAGCUUUUCCUGUUAGAUCCUGCUGAGGAGAAACCAUCAUGGAGGAUUCUCAACGUUCCUGGUCAACCACCUAAGCUUGCGUGGGGCCAUAGCACCUGUGUGGUUGGAGGGACGAGGGUCCUGGUAUUGGGAGGGCACACUGGGGAGGAAUGGAUACUAAACGAAUUGCAUGAGUUGUGCUUAGCAAGCAAGCAAGACUCAGAACCAUGAUUUAACAUUGAGCUGUCCAUAUGUCGGUUGACACAAGUUUUGCACCAGCAGCCACUCAAGAAAACUUUGUUUGAUGACCUAUGCCAUUUGAGGUUCUUCAGCUAGAUCACUUCUUUCUGUAUCACUGCAUGCUUUCCCCCAUGCUUUGUGUGCAUACUUGUAAGUAUGAAAACCUCAACUUGUCUUGAUUUUGUGCUGUGCUUUUUGUUGUUGCAAUCAUAUAUUACUUACAUCUAAUGAAUUGUAUUAGAAUUCUGAUGCAGGACGUGAUCGGUUGUUAGCUGGUUUUGCUUUAUGUGCUUUCCUCUGUUCUUUUAACUUUCCCUGUUUAUUUUUCCUAUUGCGUGAGAAUGCUGGUGAUUGGAUGGGAAGAUUCUUACAACUGACGAGCCCCUGUACGAUAUGCAGCAAAAGCAUUUCUGAGUGCUGAUUCAAGUAAAAAAAAAAUAUAUAAUAAGUGUGUGUUUUCAUGUAUCACAGCAGAUAAGAUAUAAGCUUCCUGGUAAUGCCGACAUCUAUAAUACUGGUUUUUCGUGCUA